UCGGCUGGCACUGAAGUCGUGUGCGCGUGUUUGUGUGGGCGUCCACCCAGCCUAUAAAUACAGAGACUGCUCGCAGAAGUCUUCACGCAGAAGGGAAAAGAUCUUGCUUCAACAGUGUUUGAACGGAACUUCUUCUUUCAUCCUUGCUUUGGCAUCAUUUCGGUUAACUUUACUCGACAUCCUUAACUUAUUUGUUACCUCAUAUCUAUAUAGAAACAGAUACUUAUUUUUCUACUUUUUAUCAAGAAAACUACCGAACGCCAGCAAAAAUGCCUUCUCAGAUUCGUCAGAACUACCACCAAGACUGUGAGGCCGCCGUCAAUCGGAUGAUCAACAUGGAGAUGUAUGCCUCCUACACAUACCAGUCUAUGGCUUUCUAUUUCAGCCGUGACGACGUAGCGCUGCCUGGCUUUGCCCACUUCUUCAAGGAGAACAGCCUCGAGGAGCGGGAGCACGCCGAGAAGCUCAUGGCCUUCCAGAACAACCGAGGAGGGCGGAUCUUCCUGCAGGACGUGAAGAAACCUGAGCGUGAUGAGUGGGGCACCGGACUCGAGGCUUUGGAGGCUGCCCUGCAGCUGGAGAAGACCGUGAACCAGGCCCUGCUGGACCUGCACAAGAUCUCUUCUGAACACGGAGACCCCCAUAUGAACGACUUCCUGGAGACCCACUACCUGAACGAACAGGUGGAGGCCAUCAAGAAGCUGGGCGACUACAUCAGCAACCUGCGUCGCAUGAGCACCCCUACGAACGGGAUGGCCGAGUACCUGUUUGACAAGCACACCCUUAAGGGGUCCAGCUAGAUGCCCGAAGGCGUCAGUCUAGUGAUGGGACUCACGGGCGUGCAGUUCUGUCUUAAUCCACAUCAUGUGUUGAUCUCUUGUUACUGCUUUGAAUAAAGACGGCAAGGUUAUCGUCACUGAACGGAAAAAUGAUUGUUUCAUAAGUGUGAGGGUUCCCAUUUGAGCUCGGAGAUCUCCUUCCUCGAUGCGUAUUUGAUCUGAGUCUGAAUAAAGUACUUUGAGCUGGA